AUGGAAAACAUCCCUUAUGCAAACGUAGUUGGGUCAGUAAUGUAUGCCAUGAUUAGUACCCAACCAGACCUUUCUUUUGCAAUUUCCCUCUUAAGCAGAUUUAUGUCAAACCCUGGUUUUGAACAUUGGCUUGCUCUUAAAUGGCUUUUUAGAUAUAUCAAUAGUUAUGUUCAUGUGGGCUUGAAUUAUGGAAAAAGAUAUGACUCACUUGAUCUGGUAGGGUUUGUAGAUUCUGACUUUGCAGGUGACAAGGAUUCAAGGAAAUCAACCACGACAUACGUGUUCACCUUAGGAGGAAAUUGUGUGAGCUGGAAGUCCCAACUCCAGCCAAUUGUUGCCCUAUCAACAACUGAGGCAGAGUAUGUGGCUGUAACUGAUGUUUUCAAGGAAGCUUUAUGGCUCCAAGGGUUACUGUCAGAGGUUAAUCUGCUGGAGGGUACUAUUAUAGUCUAUUUAGACAGUCAAAGUGCUAUACACCUGAGCAAAAACCCCGUGUACCACGAGAGAACCAAACAUGUUGAUGUCAAAUACCAUUUUGUAAGGGAACUGGUGGAUAAAGGAGUGAUCAUUCUGAAAAAAGUGUCAAUCGAGGAUAACCCUUCAGAUAUGGGAAUAAAGGUGGUCUCUCCAACCAAGUUCAAGCACUGCUUGAACCUGUUGCAUAUUCAGUAA